CAAAAUAAUUUAGUUUUAAACAUUAAACUUAAAUAUUUGUGAAUAAUGUCAUGGAUAAGAGAUAGCACUUUGAACUGGUUUCAACUUUUGGCUAUAAGAAUUUUAAGAACUGGACAUAUUCCUAAACAUGUAGCAUUUAUAAUGGAUGGUAAUAGACGUUAUGCAAGUAAAAAUGGAAUGGAAAAAAUAGAAGGACAUACGAAAGGAUUUGAUAAGUUUGCUGAAACUUUACAAUGGUGUAGAGAUCUUGGUAUAGAAGAAGUAACAUUUUAUGCAUUUAGUAUUGAAAAUUUUAAAAGAAAAAAAGAAGAAGUAAAUGGAAUUUUAAAUCUUGCAGAACAAAAAUUUCAACGUUUAUUAGGUGAAAAGGAUAAAAUACGAAAACAUGGAUUAUGUGUCCGUGUAAUUGGUAAUUUAUCAUUAUUACCACAAAAGAUACAAGAAUUAAUAGCAGAAACUAUGAUUUUCACUAAAGAACACAAUAAAGGGUUUCUUAAUAUUGCAUUUGCUUAUACAUCAAGAGAUGAAAUUACGAAUGCUAUUAAAGAUGUAAUAAAAGGUAUUCAGAGUGGUGAUAUUCUUUCAGAAGAUAUUGAUGAAAAUCUGAUUUCUCACUGUUUAUAUACUAAUAAAUCACCAAAUCCUGAUUUAUUAAUUCGAACUUCAGGAGAAGUUAGAUUUAGUGAUUUUCUUAUGUGGCAAAUAUCAAAUACAUGCAUUUAUUUUACUAAUGUAUUAUGGCCAGAAUUCAAUUUGUGGGAUUUCCUUAAUGCAAUAUUUUAUUACCAAAGAUGUUAUUCUGAUAUACAAAAGGUAAUGAAAAUGCAAAACAUGAAACCUACAAUACAAAAUAGUAGACAAUCCACAUAUAUGGACAAAUUGCAUCAUAAAAGACAAAUUGCACUUGAAAAAAUAUAUUUGUCAAAUAUUUAA